CCAAUCUGGCAACGCGCACAGAAAGCACAGCUCUCAGCAUCAGAGCAGCGGCAGCACCUGCCAUCGGACGAUAAAACCGCAGCAGUUCAGCCGGAAAAAAGAAAAAAAAAGAAAAAAAAAAGUUAUCGAGGAAGGGUUCGAACCGCCAACACGGACUGUUACACGGUGAACGGCGGUGGAGGAACAGCGGUGUGGAGCCACAGCGCGAAAGACGAGAGCGCAGAGAAGAGAGGACACGUUCAACGCACACACGCAGAUAUGGUGGACACACAGACGUUUUCCUGGCCCAUGGGAUUUGGCCUAAGCGUUCUGGACCUGGAAGGACUUGACGACAGCUCACACUCUCUGGACAUGAAGCCUUUCUCCACGAUCAAUGACUAUACAUCCAUCUCUGGCAUCGAGUACACACCCAGCCCGGGCCAGAGCGAGACGACACACAUGAUGGAUCUGACGCACAUGUACAACUACAGAUCCCAAGGAGACAACUACAGACCCCAUGAGAACCCCUACAGACUGCAUGAGAACAGCUAUAGACCCCAAGAGAACAGCUAUCGAGCACAAGAGAACAGCUAUCGAGCACAAGAGAACAGCUAUCGAGCACAAGAGAAUAGCUAUAGAGCACAAGAGAAUAGCUAUAGAGCACAAGAGAACAGCUAUAACGCACAGGAGAACAGCUAUAGAGCACCGGAGAGCAACUAUAGACCACAAGAGAGCAGCUAUAGAGCACAAGAUAUUAGCUAUAGACCACAACAGAGCAGCUACAGAACUCAGGAAGAGAACUUCAGAGUACAUGAAACCCAAAGUUCGAUUAAACUUGAGCCAGAGUCUCCACCGCAGUUUGCAGAAAACAGCAUGGGAUUUCCAAAACAGCAUGACGAUCCUUCCACCUCAGUUUUAAACAUCGAGUGUCGCGUGUGCGGGGACAAGGCUUCAGGAUUCCACUACGGUGUUCAUGCUUGUGAGGGAUGCAAGGGAUUCUUUCGCCGUACAAUUCGCCUAAAGCUAGUCUACGAUCAUUGUGACCUGCACUGCCGCAUCCACAAGAAAAGUCGCAACAAGUGUCAGUACUGCCGCUUCCAGAAAUGUCUGGUGGUUGGAAUGUCACACAAUGCCAUUCGCUUUGGCCGCAUGCCCCAGGCGGAGAAGGAGAAGCUCUUGGCUGAGGUUUCCUCCGAUCUGGAGCACAUGCACCCGGAGGCAGCUGACUUAAGAUCCCUGGCUAAGCUUCUUUACGAGAGCUAUCUGAAGAACUUCCCCCUGACCAAAGCCAAGGCCAGGGCCAUCCUCUCAGGGAAAACCAGUGACAAUGCUCCGUUCGUUAUCCAUGAUAUGAAGUCUCUGCUAGAGGGUGAACAGUUCAUAAACUGUCGUCAGAUCCCACGGCAGGACCAUCACAGGCGUCCGAGUGUGAGCUCGGUUCAGUCCGAUCUGCAGCGCGAAGUAGAGCUGCGAUUCUUCCAUAGCUGUCAGUCACGCUCUGCCGAGGCGGUCAGCGAGGUCACAGAGUUUGCCAAAAGCAUCCCAGGUUUCCUGAACCUCGACCUCAACGAUCAGGUGACGCUGCUCAAGUAUGCAGUCAUUGAGGUCCUUAUCAUCAUGAUGUCACCCCUCAUGAACAAGGACGGCACGCUUAUCUCUUACGGCCAGAUCUUCAUGACACGCGAGUUCCUCAAGAGCCUGCGCAAGCCCUUUGGCGAGAUGAUGGAGCCCAAGUUUGAGUUUUCUGUCAAGUUUAACAUGCUGGAGCUCGACGAUAGCGACAUGGCACUCUUCUUGGCCGUCAUUAUUCUCAGCGGAGACCGUCCAGGCCUGCUGAAUGUGAAGCCCAUUGAAGAUCUACAGGAGAACGUUCUCCACUCACUGGAGCUCCAUCUCAAAAUGAACCACCCGGACUCCCUCCAUCUUUUUGCCAAAGUCCUUCAGAAGAUGACUGACCUGAGGCAGAUCGUUUCUGACCAUGUACACUUCAUUCAUGUUCUCAAAGAGUCAGAGAUCAACAUGUGUUUACAUCCACUACUGCAGGAGAUCAUGAAGGACCUGUACUAGUGUAUGGAUUGGCUUGUCUUAGCUGAACACUUGUAAUUAUGCUUUGGUUUACAGUUGAGGGAAAUUGCCCCCCCCCCCCAUCUGUGAACAAACAAAAGAGGGUGGAGUCAUCUGUUUAGCACUAUCAACAUGUUAGACAGAGAAGGUCACUCCUUGAAAGAGUGAGAUUCUUCUAUAAUGGGAAAUUAAAUAGAUUUUAUAUUUUGUUGGGUUUUAAAAAAUGCAUAGAUAUAUUUGUAAAGAGCUGCCUGGAAAAAAAAAAAACAUUUUCCCAAGAGAGUGUACCUUUAUUUUUUAUUGUUUGCAAAGGAAGUUGGGGAGUUUCAAGAGUUAUCCAUAAAAACAAUGUGAUAUGCGAUAAACCUAAAUGAUAUAAAGUUUUUCAAUCGUUUUCUGACGAUGAACCGAGAAAUAUAGUAAUAUUAUCUGUGAAACAUUUUGUACAUUGUUCUCACCAGGGAAAUUAUACAUGUGAAAGCUUUACUUUUUGAUUCUGUAAUGCCUUUUUGUAAAUACAAUAAACAGAUUUUUAAUGCCA